AAUCUGUCAUAACAUCUGGUUUUGGAAGCAUGAUGUUCUGACCGCGAGUAGUUAAAUAAAAUUUUGAGUGAUUCUUAUAAAAAAUGUGCUGAAAACAGUAACUUUAGUGAAUAUUUAAUCGGCAUGGCUUCCGAGGAGCAGCUGGCCCUUUCUGGGCUAAUCAAAUCCGUCCACCGCCAGCUGCGAGACUCGGCGAAGGACUCCGAUCCGGACCAAGCUUGGCGAAAUCACCUACAAAAUCAGCAUCUUCUGAGCCAGUACGCCGAUGCAAUGCACAAACUGGCCACAAAUUACUGGGACAAAACGAUGGAGGUGUCGGCCAAAAAGGAUAAUAGCCGGAUUGAGUGGGUCGUUGGUUCUUGCCGGGAUUACUUCUUCCGGAGUUGCUUGUUGAAUAUGUUCCGGGAAAAGGAUGAUAAGGUCAUGACAGCAAUCGACGAACAAUUCUCAUACGAACACAAACCAUACCAAGUUGAAAAAGUGAAACUUCUCGACGUUGGCAGCUGCUACAAUCCGUUUUCAGUCUUUGGAGAUUUCGAGGUAACCGCAAUCGACAUAGCUCCUGCCCAGGAAAGCGUUCGGUACUGUGACUUCCUGGAGGUUCCCCUGAACGACGCAUCUUCAACAAUUUCGUCAGAUUCCAUCGAAUCCCUGCCCAAAUCGUUUUUCGACGCCGUGGUUUUCAGCUUAUUGCUAGAAUAUCUUCCCUCGUCUGAUCAGCGUCUUAAAUGUUGCAAAAAAGCUUACGACGUGCUUAAACCGGAAGGCGUUUUGCUAAUCAUUACACCUGAUUCACGCCACCAAGGGGCCAACGCAAAGCUGAUGAAAAAUUGGCGCUACACGCUCGGGUUGAUGGGUUUCAGUAGGAUAAAAAUCGAAAAACUCGAACACGUGACCUGCAUGGUGUUUCGAAAGUCGCUCUUCCCCGAGGUUUCCGAGCGGUGGUGUAAAAUACACAAAGAAGGCUACAUGGAACCGGUGUUGAGCAUUCCGCAAGAUUUUAAUAAUCCUGGUAUGGAGGUGGACGGUGGCAAUUUGGGGACGUUGCGCGAAGAAAGGACCGAGCAAGAUAUGAGUGAAAUUAAGCAGAUGUUUGAUGGGUUGCCUCUCGGUGACGAUGACAUGGAUGAAUAAAUUUGUUAACUUGCAUAAUA